AUCAUUACUCGGUAAGGGCAAGUCUCUUGUUUUUUAUUGACUAUAUAUGGAGCCGUGUGAGUCAAAUUUCAUUUGCAAACAGAGUGAAAGAAUAACAGAGAGAACUAGCUAUUUUCUAGUAAUGGCAAGUCUCUUGUUUUUUAUUUUUCUCUCAGCAAUUAUCACUACAGAAGCCCAAAAAGGGGAAUCCAUUGUAAACCUUGGCUCUUCUUUAACCCCUACCUCCAAGUCUUCAUGGCAGUCAAAAUCUGGUUUCUAUGCCUUUGGCUUCUACCAACAAGCCAAUGGCUAUGCUGUUGGAGUUUUUUUUGCUGGGAUUCCUGGAAAGACAGUAGUCUGGACAGCCAACCGAGACGAACCUCCAGCUCUCGCUAGUGUUACAUUGAAUUUCACUAGUGAUGGUAGACUCAUCAUGCAAUCGGCACAAGGCGAAGAGACGGCCAUUGUCAAUCCUCCAGAAGGUGCAGCAUCAGCAUCAAUGCUUGAUUCGGGAAACUUUGUUCUCUAUAAUUCGGAUAAGAAGAUUAUAUGGCAAAGUUUUGAAUCCCCAACGAAUACCCUCUUACAAGGUCAGCGUCUCACAGCUGGAAAUGAGUUGUUUUCAAGUGUUUCAGAAUCUGAUCAAUCGACAGGAAUAUUUCGUCUGAAAAUGCAGACGGAUGGAAACCUUGUGCAGUACCCAGUGCAAACCCCAGAUACGGGUGCAUAUGCUUAUUGGUCUUCUGGAACAUUUGGAAAAGGCAGUAAUGUUUCACUAUGUCUGGAUGAUGAUGGUCGACCUUACUUGCUCAAUUCCACCGGCACAACCUUAAUAAAUCUGACUCAAGGCGGAUAUCCAACAAAAGAUGUAGUGUAUUUUAUGCGAAUUGACGCCGAUGGGAUCUUCAGGCUAUACUCACACAAUUUGGAUAAGAAUGGGAAUUUCUCAGUCAUAUGGCAAUCUUCCAAUAAUAAGUGUGACCCUAAGGGCCUGUGUGGUCUCAAUGGGUUUUGCACUAUGAAUGAUCUGGAUGCUAAAUGCUUAUGUCUUCCAGGUUUUGCAAGUGUUGACCAGAGAAAUCGGAGCUCAGGUUGUGUAAGGAAUUUCACUGCAGAAAGUUGCAUGAGCAAAGACGAAAGUGUGAAAUAUAUCAUGCAAGCAGUACCUAAUACUGUAUGGGAAGAUAAUUCUUUUUCUUCCCUAACAUUAUUGACCAAAGACGAUUGUGAAGCAGCAUGUUUGAAGGAUUGUAAUUGUGAAGCCGCUACGUACAGUGAUAGAGUUUGUCAAAAGCAGAGGCUUCCAUUGAGAUUUGGAGGAAGGGAACUAAGUGGUGUAAACAUUGCAUUCAUCAAGGUAGCUAUAUCUACUUCCACCAUAAAUAAAAUUGAGCCCUUGGGACGUGAAAGAUAUUCUCGGAAGGACAUAAUGAUUCUGGGCAUCUCAUUUGGUGCUUUUGGACUCAUUAUGUCCGUGAUUUCUGCAAUUGCAAUUUAUAACAAUCGAGUCCGAGCAUAUAGAAGGCUCUCUAAUAGUGGAAAUGUUGAUUUAACCGCGGAUGUUUCUCCAAGAUCAUUUACUUAUUCUGAUCUUGAGAAAAUGACUAAUGGUUUCAAGGAAGAGCUGGGUAGAGGAUCAUUUGGGAUUGUUUACAAGGGAACAAUAUGGGAUGGUCAGAAGAUCGUAGCCGUCAAAAGACUAGAGAAAGUGUUGACUGAGGGGGAGAGAGAGUUUCAAACCGAGAUGAAAGUUAUUGGAAGAACACACCACAAGAACCUUGUCCGUCUGCUUGGGUAUUGUCAUGAUGGAGAGAAUAGGCUUUUGGUAUAUGAGUACAUGAGCAAUGGCUCACUUGCAGAUAUACUCUUCAAUCCUGAAAAAAAACUUUGUUGGGAUGAAAGAAUAGAAAUUGCUCGCAACAUUGCAAAGGGAAUUCUUUAUCUCCAUGAAGAGUGCGAGUCACAAAUCAUUCAUUGUGACAUAAAACCUCAAAACAUACUCAUGGAUGAAUAUAGGUGUCCAAAAAUCUCUGAUUUUGGAUUGGCAAAGCUACUAAAGCCAGACCAAACCAAUACCUUUACAGGUAUCCGAGGAACAAAGGGGUAUGUUGCACCAGAAUGGCAUCGAAACCAGCCAGUGACAGUUAAAGCAGAUGUAUACAGCUUUGGAAUUGUUCUGUUGGAGCUUAUAUGUUGUAGAAAGAGUGUGGAUUGGAGUUUUCCUGAAGAAGAAGCUAUUCUUGAAGAAUGGGCAUACUCUUGCUUUGAGGCUCGUGAGCUAGAUAAACUAGUUAGUGGUAAGGAUGUUGACAAAAGGCAAUUGGAGAGAAUAGUUGAAGUGGGACUUUGGUGCAUUCUUGAUGAGCCAUCUCUUCGUCCUUCGAUGAAAAAGGUUCUGCUAAUGCUGGAAGGAACUGUAGAUGUCUCAAUCCCUUCAAGUCCAACUUCUUUUCUUAGUACCGUAUAAAAUGUGUUUGUAAUUUUUUUUUUUAUAGGAAAUGUUACAGAGGGGAUUUGAGCUGGAUAUAUUCCUUCAUUAAACAAGUGUUAGUACUCAGCUCGUCUUUUAAGGCCAAUGGCAAAAUGUGGUUGUACUUCAAAACCCAAAUAAUGGAUGGUUUGCAAGAAUA